UAGUUGUGGCUACAUCGAUUCCUCAGAGCAGUUUACGCAUUCAAGAGUAUGGAAAACGCUUCUGUAGAGAUACCCGAUGACGGAAGAUAUGUUCGCUACCACAAGUACGAGUCCAUUCGUAUAGAGUGGUGCAAUCAUUUCAAAAACAAGUAUGCUAAACAAGAGCAUAUUGUACACGCUUUCUUCAAAAAUUUCCAUCGUAACCACCGAGGAUUUCAAUUCGUUGUUGCUGAGCUGUUUGAUGGGACAACUCACGUUCUUGUCGAGUCAGGAAAAUAUCUCAAGAUCAAAGAAGAACUGGAGAAGAUAACAGGAAGGAGCUUGCCCGAUGUGUCGAAUGUCUCGGACGUGAAGGUGAAGGAGAAAGCAAGAUCAUUUCACGACUCUCAAUCUCACAGGGAUUUUUCUCUCUCCCUGAAGAGGGCGAAUGACAAUAUCAAAGCAAGGAGAAAGGAUGAUGCCAAAAAGAGUGUUGGCCAACUACGCCGCUUCCUGCAAACUAAACCAAACGCGCGUAUGAUGGCGUUUGAUGUGGAAACGUAUGAAAAUGACCACAGCGUAAUUCUUGAAAUCGGCUUCGUCGUCUGUUCCUUGGCUAAACCAGAGGGCAACGAGAAAGCAUUUCAUUUUAUUAUCACAGAAAACAGCCAUUUUGUAAACAGGGAUUACGUUCCUGAUAACAGAGAGAAGUUUAGCUUUGGUACUUCAGAGCGCAUGUCCCUGAAAGAAGCCGCUGGAAGGUUCAUGCAGCAUAUCAGGGAUGUGGAUUUCUUGGUGACUCACUCGGGAACCAAUGAUGAAGCGUACCUUGCCAGUUCCGGCAUCUCGCUGGAAGGAAAACCCAUGUUUGAUACUCAGCUCCUUGCCUUAGCACUGCUGACCAGCGGAACAGCUGUCUUCGGUCUCAAGCGCCUGCUGAGUGACCUGGCAAUUCCGUUUGACGAGAACAUUCUUCAUAACGGUGGAAACGACGCAGUUUACACCAUGAAGGUGUUUCUUGCUCUCACCAAGAAGAUUUAACAAACCUUUCGUUUUAACUAAAACACAUGGAAGCAUUGUAAGGUGACAAUACACACGCAGUCCUGUGUUAACAACGCGUUGCUUAAUUUGAAAUAGAACACGAAUAGCAUAUGGAGGCAUUGUAAGGAGUUGCUAAUACACACGCUGUUGUCUUCUUAAGUGAACUACGGACUUUUAGUUGUCUGAACUUUCAAAACUCUUGCUUACUAAGUAAAUUUUAAGGAACAUUGAUAAAACUGUUGACAGCUAGUAUCGGCAACAUUAUAAAUUUAUACCAAACUUGCAAGAAUUUUUAUCAUGUAUUAACAUAAAACACGUUACUGAUUUUAACCUUUUUUCGUCAACAUUGAAUUUACUUGAAUUCAUUUUACGGCUAAAAUGCAUCCUCGAAUUAACAAGCAAGGUUUUUUUUGCAACUGUCCUUUCCACCGUGCAGACAAGACUGAAUGAAUCAAAGGAAGUCAUUAGGCCGGGCAGGGGAGAGUGGGGGAAGGGGGAAGGGGGGAAGGAGCCGGAGGGGUGUCAACCCUACUUAACGCCGGGAAUCAGGCGAAUCUCGAACAUUUACAGGAUAAUUUGAGAUAACAAUAUUACAUUAACAGAUUGCGAAAAAAUAUCCAAAUGCUUGAAGAAAGCACUGCUGACGACGCAUGUCAGCUCCCGUUUCAUUAAACUGGAGAAAUUUUAUCAACUUCCAAUCUUUUCUGGCAUUGAUGUAAUUUAUUAGCGAUUUAUUAUUUAUCGAUGAAGCAAAUAAGGGCUACAAUUCUGACACUUGUUAAUAGCCAACCUUAUGUAGCAAUGAUUGCAAGUGAGCAAACUAAUAAAAAGAAAAUUUAUGAAGAAAAUUAGAUUUUCUAAUGCUAUAGACGCGACUACUGUUAAUAAAAUAUACUUUUGGCUCCUCUUUUGCACUUCGAGAAGGCUACCAGCAAUAAUAACACAACAAAGCAAUUAUAAAGUGUUUCAUUAUUUUAUUGUAACUUUGUUUUGCAUGUACAUCGUACAGGCACUG